AUGAGUAAGAUCAACAAUGGCUUCUCCCUGUGCUUGUUUUUUCUUCUCUGGUGUCUUGUGCAUUCAGGGAUUGCCAUUGAUCCUUUCUCUCAUAGCCACUCUCUCGAAACAGAGUGUCUAAUAAAGCCUCCGCGAAGCAACGAAACGCAAGGGUUAUUACUGCUUAGCCGCUCUGUUGAAGAUGACUCUGAGCAAGAAUGGAAGAUAGAUGGAAAUGGAAUCAUUAGAGAAAUGGCACAGAGAAUUCAGCUUUACCGAGGAAAUAUUUACAGCUUCUCUGCUUGGGUGAAACUGAGAGAAGGAAAAAACAAGAAUGUAGGACUUGUGUUCAGGACAGAAGAUGGAAGACUUGUUCAUGGAGGUGAAGUUAGGGCAAAACAAGGAUGUUGGUCUCUGCUUAAAGGUGGCAUUGUACCUAAUGUUUCAGGCCCUGUAGAUAUACUUUUCCAGAGCGAAGACAGAGAAGCAAAGAUCGUUGCAAACAAUGUGUCACUAAAACAGUUUAGCAAAGAAGAAUGGAAAUUGAAACAAGACCAACUUAUUGAAAAGAUAAGGAAGAGCAAAGUGAGAUUUGAAGUAACUUAUCAGAACAAAACCGCGGUAAAAGGCGCAGUGAUAUCCUUUAAACAAACCAAACCAUCUUUCCUCUUAGGCUGCGGUAUGAAUUUCCGGAUCCUACAAAGCGAAUGUUACAGAAAAUGGUUUGCAUCGCGGUUCAAGAUAACAUCAUUCACCAAUGUAAUGAAAUGGUACACAACGGAGAAAACACGAGGUCAAGAGAACUACACGUUAGCCGAUUCCAUGCUUAGAUUUGCGGAAGAGAGUGGGAUAUUGGUUAGAGGUCAUAACGUGUUAUGGGACGACCCAAAAAUGCAGCCAAGUUGGGUGCCGAAGAUAAAAGAUCCUGAAGAUCUGAUGAAUGUGACACUUAACCGGAUAAACUCGGUUAUGAAGAGAUACAAAGGGAAGUUAACCGGGUGGGAUGUGGUUAACGAGAAUGUGCAUUGGGAUUUCUUUGAGAAAAGGCUUGGUGUAAACGCUUCAUCAAGUUUCUACAAUCUUGCUUAUAAGCUUGAUCCUGAUGUGACAUUGUUUGUUAAUGAAUACAACACGAUAGAGAACCCUGAAGAGGUUACCGCGACGCCAAUUAACGUGAAGAAGAAGAUGGAGGAGAUUCUUGCUUGUCCAGGGAAUAAGAACAUUAAAGGAGCAAUUGGAGCUCAGGAACUUGAUAUGCCUAAAUGCGCUAAUCAGGGGAAAUAUGUGGAAGACAUUCUCAGGGAAGCGUAUUCGCAUCCUGCGGUGAAAGGCAUCAUAAUAUUUGCUGGACCUGAGGUGUCUGGUUUCGACAAGCUGACACUCGCGGACAAAGACUUCAACAACACGGAAACAGGAGAUGUAAUUGACAAGUUGCUCAAUGAGUGGCAGCAAAAGUCUUCAGAGGUUCGAAAUAUUUUCAUGGCGGAUGAUGAGAAUGAAGACGGAGAGGUAUCCUUGUUGCAUGGACAUUACAAUGUGAGUGUAAGUCAUCCAUUGAUGAAGAACUUGUCCACCAGUUUGAGCUUCGAGGUUACUAAGGAGAUGGGUGAGCGUCAGGUGGUUAGAGUUGUAAUUAAUGCUUAA